AUGUCCAACAAGGUCAUCGCCAACAUCGACACCCCAGACCCCUGGAUGAUCCAGGCCAAUGGCGUCUUCUACCUCACCUUUACGCUCGCCAACCGCAUCGAGAUAUGGCAGUCUCCGUUGAUGGAGGACUUCUUUAGUGCGCAAAAGACUGUCGUCUGGCAGCCGGAGCAAGGCUCGCGCUGGGCUGCCGACAUCUGGGCGCCCGAGCUGCACUGGCUCAACGGCGUGUGGUACAUUUACGCCACGGCCUCGCAGCCCGGCGUCGGCAACAAGGGCCACCGCACCAUCGUCCUCCGGUCAACACAUGAGGACCCCAUGGAGCAGUCGGCGUGGGAGUUUCUCGGCCCCCUGAAAGGCAUGCCCGAGCAGUUUAGCAUCGACGCCACAGUCUUUAGCCCCAACGGCCAGGACCUGUACAUCUGCUGGUCCGGGUGGCCGCCCGGCGACAGUUCAGAUACCCAGCAAGACCUAUAUGUCACGCAGAUGGUCUCGCCCGAGGAGGUCAUUGACGCGUCCAUCCUUCCGCCCGUGCGGAUAUCAACCCCCGACCAGCCGUGGGAGCGCUUCGACGGCGGGUCGCGCGGCAUCAACGAGGGGCCGACAUGGCUCAGUUUGCCCGACGGCGCAUUCACGGGCAUCGUGUACUCGGGGCACGCCAGCUUCACAAGCGAGUACAAGCUGGGCCUGCUGCGGCUUGUCGCGCCCAACGCGGACCCCCUGGAUCCCAAGUCCUGGGAGAAGCGGCCCAUCCCGCUGCUCAUCAACGACCAGUCGAUGCCGGGGCCGUACGCGCCGGGCCAUGCCAGCUUUCUGCUCAGCCCGGAUGCCGGUGACAACAGAGUCUUUUGCGUGUACCAUGCAACAGAGAACUGGGGCGAAGGGUUUGGCAACCGCAAGGCUAGGGUACUUGCACUGGGACCCGAGACCUUUGCGCCUGGUGCGCGGCCGGUGUGCUGCUCCAAUGCCCCUCACAAUCCGCUCUGGAAAGGGGGCGCCAUCGGUGCUCCCAGCGGCGGCCCCCAGGAACGUAUAUCCAGGGCGGAGCACCAAAAUACCACAAAGGCGCCCGGGCUGGUCCAAAAGGCGCUAGAUAAGAUCAAGAGAUUUACCUGA